AUGUUAUACCUAACACUCUCUGAGCAGCUCAUCCAAGCUGGGAAGGGGGAAGCCCUCCGGAUCAGAGCCAUCUUGCGUUCCUUAGUGCCCAUCGAGGACCUGGUUGGAGUCAUCAGCCUCCCGCUGCAGAUCCCUUCGUUUGGCAAAGAUGGCAGCGUCAUUGAACCCAAGAUGUCCGCCAGCUUUGUGCCUGACCACAAGUCACCCAUGGUGUUGUUUCUGGACCGUGUGUACGGCAUCGACAACCAGGACUUCCUCCUCCAUGUCCUGGAAGUGGGUUUUCUGCCUGACAUGAGAGCUGCAGCCUCCUUGGACACGGCAGCCUUUAGCACCACAGAAAUGGCCCUGGCCAUGAACCGCUACCUCUGCCUGGCUGUGAUGCCGCUCAUCACUAAAUGCGCCCCUCUCUUUGCUGGCACUGAGCACCGGGCUAUCAUGGUGGACUCCAUGCUGCACACCAUCUACCGGCUGUCUCGCGGUCGCUCUUUUACCAAGGCCCAGCGUGACGUCAUUGAAGAGUGCCUCAUGGCGCUGUGCAAGUAUAUAAGGCCCUCCAUGCUCCAGCAUCUUCUCCGCCGGCUGGUGUUUGAUGUGCCCAUCCUUAAUGAAUUUGCCAAAAUGUCUCUCAAGCUGUUGACCAACCAUUAUGAGCGUUGCUGGAAAUAUUAUUGCCUUCCCACUGGUUGGGCCAACUAUGGGGUCAGCUCGGAGGAGGAGCUUCACCUGACACGGAAACUCUUCUGGGGCAUCUUUGAGUCGUUGUCCCAUAAGAAAUUUGACUCCGAUCUGUUUAAGCUGGCCAUGCCCUGCUUGUGUGCCAUUGCUGGCGCCAUUCCUCCUGAUUACGUGGAUGCCAGCUAUUCUUCGAAAACUGAAAAGAAGGCUUCGGUGGACGCCGAGGGCAACUUUGACCCCAAACCUGUGGAAACACUAAAUGUCAUCAUUCCAGAGAAGCUGGACUCCUUCAUCAACAAGUAUGCUGAGUACACGCAUGAGAAAUGGGCCUUUGACAAGAUUCAGAAUAACUGGUCCUUUGGGGAAGCGUUUGACGAGCAGGCCAAGACCAAUCCUAUGUUGCGCCCUUAUAAAACAUUCUCUGAAAAGGAUAAGGAAAUUUACCGGUGGCCCAUCAAAGAGUCUCUGAAGGCCAUGAUUGCUUGGGAGUGGAUGGUCGAGAAAGCCCGUGAGGGCGACGAGGAGAAAAUGGAGAAGAAAAAAACCCGCAAAGUCUCACAGACAGCCCAGGUCUACGAUCCCAGCCAUGGUUACAAUCCUCAGCCACUAGAUCUAUCUGUGGUGACCCUUUCCAGAGAAUUACAGGCCAUGGCGGAGCAACUGGCGGAGAAUUACCACAACACCUGGGGACGCAAGAAGAAAUUAGAGCUGGAAAGCAAAGGAGGUGGAACUCACCCCUUGCUGGUGCCGUAUGACACGCUGACGGCCAAGGAGAAGGCGCGGGACCGGGAAAAAGCUCAGGAGUUGCUUAAAUUCCUACAGCUUAACGGCUACGCGGUGACUCGGGGUCUGAAGGACAUGGAACUGGACACCUCGUCCAUUGAGAAACGCUUCGCCUUUGGAUUCCUACAGCAGCUGCUGAAAUGGAUGGAUAUCUCCCAAGAAUUUAUUGCCCACCUGGGUAAGAGGCUGUCCUCUUCCUCUCCUG